ACUUCCGGGGUAGACUCCUCCCCCUCCAUUCCUGGCCGGUGGUUUGAUCCGGCCAGAAUACUGACAGGAGGGACGAACUGCGUCUGCGCUGAAGGCUGUCGGGGGGGGUGGGGGGAGGAACAUGGCGCAAGCUCUGUCUGAGGAGGAGUUUCAGCGGAUGCAGGCUCAGCUCCUGGAACUCCGGACAAAUAACUACCAGCUUUCAGAUGAACUACGCAAGAAUGGUGUUGAACUCACCAGUCUUCGACAGAAGGUCGCCUACCUGGAUAAGGAGUUCAACAAAGCUCAGAAGGCACUGAGCAAGAGCAAGAAAGCUCAGGAAGUCGAAGGGUUGCUAAGCGAAAAUGAGAUGCUGCAGGCAAAGCUGCAUAGCCAAGAGGAGGAUUUCCGCUUGCAGAACAGCACACUUAUGGCGGAGUUCAGCAAGCUCUGCAGCCAGAUGGAGCAGCUGGAGCGGGAGAACCAGCAACUGAAGGAUGGGGCUGCCAGGGCAGGCACUACCCAAGCUGGGAGUCUUGUGGAUGGUGAGCUGCUGAGGCUGCAGGCCGAGAACACAGCCUUGCAGAAAAAUGUGGCAGCCCUGCAAGAGCGCUAUGGGAAAGAGGCCGAGAGAUCCCAAGCUGCCAGUGAGGGCCAAGGGGACCCCCCAGGGGGCCCAGCCCCUACUGUCCCAGCCCCCAUGCCAUUGGCAGAAGUGGAGCUGAAAUGGGAAAUGGAGAAGGAAGAAAAGAGAUUGCUCUGGGAGCAACUGCAAGGCUUGGAGAGCUCGAAGCAGGCUGAAACAUCCAGACUGCAGGAGGAACUUGCUAAGCUCUCUGAGAAACUGAAAAAGAAGCAAGAAAGUUUUUGCCGUCUGCAGACAGAAAAGGAGACACUAUUCAAUGAUAGCCGGAAUAAGAUUGAGGAGUUACAGCAGCGGAAGGAAGCGGAUCUCAAAGCUCAGUUGGCUCGCACUCAGAAGCUGCAGCAGGAACUUGAGGCUGCCAAUCAGAGCUUGGCGGAACUAAGAGAUCAACGGCAAGGGGAGCGCCUGGAGCAUGCAGCAGCUCUGCGAGCCCUACAAGAUCAGGUGUCCAUCCAGAGUGCAGACGCACAGGAACAAGUGGAAGGACUUUUGGCUGAGAACAAUGCCUUGAGGACUAGCCUGGCAGCCCUGGAGCAGAUCCAAACAGCAAAGACCCAAGAACUCAAUAUGCUCCGAGAAGAGAAUACUGGGCUGGCAGCUGAAUUGCGGCAGCGGCAGACUGAGUAUGAAGACCUCAUGGGGCAGAAAGAUGACCUCAACUCACAGCUGCAGGAGUCAUUACGUGCCAAUAGUCGGCUCCUGGAACAACUUCAAGAAAUCGGGCAGGAGAAGGAGCAAUUGACCCAGGAACUACAGGAGGCUCGGAAGAGUGCUGAAAAGCGGAAGGCCAUGCUGGAUGAGCUGGCAAUGGAGACCCUGCAGGAGAAGUCCCAGCACAAGGAAGAGCUGGGAGCGGUCCGACUGCGGCAUGAGAAGGAAGUGCUGGGGGUGCGUGCCCGCUACGAGCGGGAGCUCCGAGAGCUGCAUGAAGACAAGAAGCGGCAGGAGGAGGAGCUCCGUGGGCAGAUCCGUGAGGAGAAGGCCCGAACACGGGAGCUGGAGAAUCUCCAGCAAACGGUGGAAGAACUUCAAGCUCAGGUACACUCCAUGGAUGGAGCCAAAGGCUGGUUUGAACGGCGCUUGAAGGAGGCCGAGGAAUCUCUGCAGCAGCAGCAGCAAGAGCAGGAGGAAGCCCUCAAGCGAUGUCGGGAGCAGCACGCUGAUGAGCUGAAGAGCAAGGAAGAGGAGCUACAGGGUGUGCGGGAUCAGCUCCAGCAGGCCCAGGAGGAGCAGGACUGCCACCUGAAAACCAUCAGCAACCUGAAACAGGAAGUGAAGGACACAGUGGAUGGGCAGCGAAUCCUGGAGAAGAAGGGCAGUGCUGCGCUCAAGGACCUCAAGCGCCAGCUGCACCUGGAGCGGAAACGGGCUGAUAAGCUGCAGGAGCGACUGCAGGACAUCCUUACCAACAGCAAGAGCCGCUCUGGCCUUGAGGAGCUGGUUCUGUCAGAGAUGAACUCACCAAGCCGGACCCAGACUGGAGACAGCAGUAGUGUCUCCUCCUUCAGCUACCGGGAGAUCUUGCGGGAGAAGGAAAGCUCGACUGUUCCUGCCAGGUCCUUAUCCAGCAGCCCUCAGGCCCAGCCUCCGCGGCCAGCAGAGCUGUCAGACGAGGAAGUGGCCGAGCUCUUUCAGCGCCUGGCAGAGACACAGCAGGAGAAAUGGAUGCUGGAGGAGAAGGUGAAGCACCUGGAGGUGAGCAGCGCCUCCAUGGCAGAGGACCUUUGCCGGAAGAGUGCCAUCAUUGAGACCUACGUCAUGGACAGCCGGAUCGAUGUGUCUGUGGCAGCAGGCCACACAGACCGCAGCGGGCUGGGCAGCGUUUUGAGAGACCUAGUGAAGCCAGGCGACGAGAACCUUCGGGAGAUGAACAAGAAGCUACAGAACAUGCUGGAGGAGCAGCUCACCAAGAAUAUGCACUUGCACAAGGACAUUGAAGUUCUCUCCCAGGAAAUUGUGCGGCUCAGCAAGGAGUGCGUGGGGUCCCCUGACCCAGACGUAGAACCUCGAGAAACCAGCUAAAGACCUGCGAGCUGCACCUACUCCUUCCCCUCCCCACCCACCAGGAAACCAUUCCCUUGGGCUGUGGUGGGAAAAUGGGACCGCCAAAAUCAAAUAGGUUGGGAGACUGGACAUUAAAGGGGUUGGAGGCCUGAUGGCUGGUGUUAAUGACCCUGUUUUAGGGCAGAAGCCCCUGGGGAGUGGGGAUCCUGAGGGGAGGGGCAGGGAUUUCUCCUCCUUCUUGGCCCUGGCUCCCAGGGGCCUUUGCCUUCAUCUCUGCAUGAGCUCUCCCUCCCCAGAGACCAACUCUUUUUUAUUUUAUUUUAUUUUUUAAUUUAUGUCUGGAAGCCUGGCUACUCUGCAUUUGGGAUUGGGGAUGUUGGGUGGGGCACGGUCCAUGUUCAGCGUUCUAGCAACAUGUGUGUGUGUGUGUAAAGGCUGCAGCCAAAAUACCAUCUGGCCAGAUGGGCCCACCCAC